AUGGGAUGUGUUUCUUCUUGCUUUCGGGUCGAAGACUUUGAAGAUUACACGAAUCCAAGUAGCUCUGUAAACAGAAACUAUCCAUGCCCGAGAUGCCUUGUUAAUAACUUACUUAACCUGUAUAUCUCUUUAUUCAGAAGAGGCGAAACCCGCUCUCUCCCAUCUUCCUUACAAGCUACUACAGUGUCGAUAACUUCCUCUACUUCCUACGAUAACUUUAUGUCUAACACAUUCCAUUCUACUCCAAGACCUCUGCCUUAUGAUGCUGAUCCAAUAUACUUCCGUUCAAGGCGUGAUUCGCUAGUCUCAAGACGAGAUAAGGGUUCAAGUCAUUCACAUGAGGAAGCUGAGCCCUUAAGAAGUGAUUCUGAUUUGGAUUCUGAAUCUUUCUCAGUGGAAGGCAGCAAAUGGGCUAAUAAGCUUAUUACCUCUGGUGAAGAUUUCAAAGAAGAGUACUCCAUAUCCACUCGGAGAAUUCUUAAGUCAAAGACAAUGGCUGCUACUGCUAGUAACGAAAGCAUGUAUCUAUUGUCUGAUGAUGAAGAUGUCUGUCCAACAUGUCUUGAAGAAUACACAUCAGAGAACCCUAAGAUUGUCACAAAGUGUUCUCACCAUUUCCACCUCAGUUGCAUUUAUGAAUGGAUGGAGAGAAGCGAAAACUGUCCUGUUUGUGGAAAGGUGAUGGUUUUCAAUGAAACACCGUGA